AUUUUUUCGAAAAUGGCCUACAGAUAUUUAUACCACCAAGGAACCACAAUUUGAAACCCUAAACUCAUUUACCGCUUAAACCCCGGCGGCCAAGGGCACUUCGCCAAUCGCCACCACUCACCUCCACAACUAGCAAAACCGGAGUGUAUGCAGCUUAAACCCCACCACAGCUGACUCUCCGCCCUAAUCCGCCCCGUGUAUGCACUUGAGUAACCGAAGCGCGGUGUCCAUUCCACCAGAUAACCGCAGACAGAACAUUCAGCGAACAUAAUUCAGUAUGGGAGGGUCUAGGGUUCAGUUCAAUAAGGCGCAUAAAACGCGAUUUGCUUCCAAGUCUUCUCGAAAUGCUCACAAAGUAUCUUCCCAAGAUAAAUUCAAGAUGUCAAAAUCUGAUCGCAGUGUUGCCAAAGGGGCCAAGGCUGCUCGUCUGCAGCGAAAUAAAAUGAUGAGGGAGCAGAAGAGAGCAGCAGUUCUGAAAGAGAAGAGAGCAUUAUCUGGACCAUCAAGCCCUCCCCGUGUUAUCGUACUAUUUGGUCUGACAGCCCAUGUGAAAUUGAAAUCUCUCAAAGAAGAUAUUGUAUCAUUGUUAUCUGAAGAACAAAACGAUGUCGUUUUUCCUGCCAUAGCAUCAUCAGAGUACAAGUUGCGAGCCACGGUCUUAGAAGCUCCUCAUGGUGAUUUGCUGACAUGCAUGGAAAUGGCGAAGGUUGCUGAUUUGCUUGCUUUUGUGGCAUCUCCAUGCUCGCAUGAAACAGAUGAUACCGAUGGAUUUAUUGAUUCGUUUGGGUCACAAUGUCUUUCUGUGUUUAGAACGCUUGGCUUACCAAGCACUGUGGUACUACUUCGUGAUCUACCUGAUGACUUGAAAGGAAAAAAUGAACUGAAAAAAAUGUGUGCAUCCAUGCUUGCUCCUGAGUUUCCGGAGGAUUGUAAAUUUUUUCCUGCUGAUAAGAAAGAUGAACUGCAUAAGUUCCUGUGGCUUUUCAAGGAGCAGAGGCUUACAGUACCUCAUUGGCGAAACCAGCGAUCUUAUCUCAUGGCUCAAAAGGUUGAUGUGGUAGCUGAAGCUGGUGAUCCAGAAAAGUUUACACUUGCUCUUACUGGUUAUCUACGUUCGCAUGCCCUCUCGGUGAAUCAACUGGUACAUGUUGCUGGAGCAGGGGAUUUCCAGCUGUCCAAAAUUGAACUUCUCAAGGAUCCAUGCCCACUCAAUAAAAGGAAAGGAGUAGAUGUCAUGGACUCUGAGGAUGAUGUACAAGUUGUGACUUGUCUUGUGCCUGAUCCGAUGAAACAAGAGCAUGUAGUAGUUGAAAAUAUCCCUGAUCUCUUGGCUGGAGAACAGACAUGGCCAACAGAGGCAGAAAUGGCUGAAGCUGACAGAAAUCACCAGGAGAAAAAAUUGAAAAAGAGGAGGCUCCCUAGAGGCAUAUCAGACUACCAGGCUGCAUGGAUUGUGGAUGAUUCUGAUGUUGACUAUUCUGAUAGCGAUGAAGGUGGAGAUGAUGGUAUGGUGAUGGAUGAUGGAGAGAACUUACCUGAGCAGAAGCAUGGCAAUGGUUUUGACUUUGAUGAUGACCAGGCUUCCCUUAAUUUAAGAGAUUCUGAUGGAGAAACUGAAACAGAAUCCGUGAUGAUGGAGGAUGGUGACAGCUUAACCAAGGAACAAUUAGCAGAACAGAUUCGUAAAAUUAAAGAAGAACAUGCUGAAGACGAGGAAUUUCCAGAUGAAGUGGACACACCAUUAGACAUUGCUGCACGGAAAAGAUUUGCCAAGUAUAGAGGUGUCAAGUCGUUUAGAACUUCAACCUGGGAUCCCAAAGAAUCUCUGCCUCCUGAAUAUGCUAGGAUUUUCGCAUUUGAUAAUUUUUCAAGAACACAAAAGCACGUUCUUGCUAAAGCCUUUACUAUGGAGCAAGAGUCUGACAGCUGUAUAUCAGCUGGCUCUUACGCAAGGCUUCACAUAAAGGAUGUCCCAUCUAACAUAGCUUCCAAGUUGUGCAUGUUGUCUAAGACAAUGCCUGUAAUAGCCUCUGGCCUAUUGCAACAUGAGUCUAAAAUUUCUGUUCUCCAUUUCAGCAUUAGGAAGCAUGAUACAUAUGAUGAUCCUAUUAAAGCGAAGGAAGAACUCCUAUUUCAUGUUGGCUUCCGGCAGUUUGUAUCAAGGCCAAUUUUUUCUUCUGAUAGCAUCAAUGCCAACAAGCACAAAAUGGAGAGGUUUCUUCAUGCUGGGAGGUUUUCAGUAGCUUCAAUAUUUGCGCCGAUUUCUUUUCAUUCUCCUCCUUUAGUAGCUUUGAAGAAAUUAGCUGAAGACUCACCUCCUGUAGUUGCUGCCGUUGGUUCGUUGAGAACUGUAGACCCUGAUAGGAUUAUUCUCAAGAAAAUCAUUUUAACUGGUUACCCUCAGCGUGUGUCUAAAUCAAAAGCGACUGUGAGGUACAUGUUUCAUAGUCCGGAGGAUGUCAGAUGGUUCAAGCCUGUAGAAGUUUGGACAAAAUGUGGUCGACGUGGUCGCAUUAAGGAACCUGUAGGCACACAUGGGGCUAUGAAGUGCAUAUUUAACGGUGUCCUUCAGCAACAUGACACUGUAUGCAUGAGUUUGUUCAAACGCUCAUAUCCAAAGUGGCCUCAACAGUGGUUUCCACUACAGAGUGUUUAAAUAUAUUGGCAAAUGUAAGAGUUUGCUUUCGAAACGGGAAUGAAGCUGUGGGUCUGAUUUUAAUUAUUUGCUUUGUGCUGUGUUGGCUAUGCAAACUAGUGGCCAGCCAAAAAUCGAGUGUUUUUCCUCUAGCAGGCGGAGCAGAAAUGUUGGUUGUGUAUUUUAUUCUGGACAUAAUAGAUAAGUGGUGCUUUUCUAUGUGGAAGCCAUGUAUGUGGAUGCAAAUGAGUGAUUAAGAACUUCGUGAUAUGGAUGUUAAUUUUUGCUUGAAAAUUGACAUCCAGCAUUUGUACUUUUAGUUUUGGAGUUUAUUGGUUUUUGUGUUGCUUUAAUUUAUCCAUAAGCCAUUGCACGUUCAAGAAGGGCCACUCGGGCUAUUUUCAUUUUCAAUAAUUUGAAGUGUUAAACAGUGAUUUUUGUGCAUGCAUGAAUUAUAUUCCGCAUGAUUACUUGGAGUGCACUAUGUAAU